AUGUCCCAUCAAAGAAAUAAGCUUGUGACCACGCAAGGAGGUAUUGAAUAUCGUGGACGUCUCUCAACGUUAGGCUUGACAUGUGCCAAUAUUGACAUUAUCAAUGAUUCCGGUGUUAUUGUUACGCAAUAUUUGCGACGUAUCACAAAAAAGCUCGAUCUAGGCGUGGAAUUCAUCCACCAGUAUGGUGUACCAGUGCCCGGAAGACAACUCUCUGUUGCGGAGUUACCGGAUGAUGGAGUGGUGAUGAGGGCAUCGGCAAACACCGAUUGGUCAGUGGGAGGUGUGUUUGAGAAGAAACUUUCGAGAAAUUUGCCAUUUACAUUGGCAAUAUCCGGAAUGCUUAAUCAUGUGAAAGGUCAGGGAAAAUUCGGUAUCGGCCUGAUCAUUGGUUGA